AUGAUACAAUUCGUCAUUGCUAUUCUGAUUCUAUUCAUCUUCUACCAAUUCUACUGGAAAAGGAGGAAUUUCCCGCCAGGUCCAACACCUCUCCCUCUGCUCGGCAAUCUCCAUACAAUCUUCGCCCACGAGCCCGGAUAUGGUGCGUUUGAGAUGUGGCGGAAGAAAUAUGGUCCAGUCUACACCUACUGGAUCGGAGGCGAAUAUGGUGUCGUUGAGACCGAUGGAGACAUGUGGCGCGAUCACAGACGAUUUGCUUUGCAUGUGCUAAGAGACCUUGGCCUCAGCAAGGACGGCAUGGAGCAGAGGGUCCUCGCAGAAGUCGAAGCUAUGAGCGAGGAGAUAAAAUUCCAAGGGAAAUAA